GUAUGAUACCUUUGCGGCACUGCGUUCUGACGGUCGGGUCGUCAUGUGGUCCUGCAGUCGCAACGCCUGCAUAGACCACCUCCGAGGAGUGCGGCUCCUGGCAUCAGCAAGGUAUGCCUUUGCGGCGGUUCUCGAAGAGGGCGGAAAAGUGGUCGCUUGGGGCGAUGUCAAUCAAGGCGGUGAUAUUGGUGCUGCAGCCGAGGAUCUCGUGGACGUUUGCCAGAUCGAGGCCACGAGUUCGGCCUUCGCUGCUCUUCGUUCGGAUGGCGUUGUCAUCCCCUGGGGCGAAGCAACUUCAGGCGGUGAUCCCGGGCCCUUUGAAGGAGUUCUCCGCAGAGGCGGUUUCUGCGACAUCCAGGGCUCCGGAAAGGCGUUUGCCGCAAUCCACCGGGAGGAUGGCAGUGUCGUGACCUGGGGCUCCUGCGAGGGAGGCUGCGAGCAACAUCGGGUGCAGUCAAUUGCUGCAACUUCUUUUUCAUUUGCAGCCCUUCGGAUCGAUGGCAGCGUAGAGGCGUGGGGAAACCAUCGAUAUGGUGGUGCUUUGGACCUCAAGAAGAUCGAGGAUCUCCAGGAGGUCGUCCAGCUCUGCGGAAACGGCGGAGCCUUCGCAGCGCUUCGCAGCGAUGGCCGCGUGGUGGUUUGGGGCCACCCAGAUUAUGGAGGUGAGGAAGACUGCUCCAAUCUCACCGACGUGCGGGAGCUCCGCGCGACUUAUGGCGCCUUCGCCGCCAUUUGUGGGGACGGAAAGGUCGUCACCUGGGGCGACCCGCUUGAAGGUGGCGGUUCGAGCUUCAGCUCCUGA